AGGAUGGACGCGUUGGAGAGAGAGAACAGGGGGUUGAGAGAUACGGUUCAGGGCCUCAGCCUUAGCAUGGAGAGUUUGAGGCGACUGACGCUGCGCAUCGAGCAGAGGGUUAUGAGUUUGGAGCAGGGGCAGAGGACUCACGUGCCGACAGGGCCGGUUGGUGAGAGAGCUUCAGGGGGAUCAUAUUCUGCUACAGAGCGGACGCGAGUUUUUCGGGAGACGGAGCCAUGGACCUUGGGGUUGGGAGUCACCAGACAGGACAGUUGGGCAGAGGGAUCUAUGGGAGUUAGGCCGGUAUCAGAGGGAGAGACUAGCACUGUGGACAAGUUUAUGCUUGCCACAUGUGAGGUAGCACCCGUAGGACAAGGCCAGGUGCGUACUAUGGACCAGACUCCCCCUCUAGAGUUGGGAGUACGAGAGGGAGUUGUGGAGCCCCGAGAUGGCAUACUUCGAGACGGCGCGCAGGAUCCAUACGUGACACCAUUCGGGACCUUGCCCACCGCCGCAUCUCCGAGCCCUGACGUGAUGGAGGAGGUGGCUCGUGGACUUGCUCAGAGGUCUGCCGCACAGGAUGGGAGGAGAACUACUGAAGGAUCGGCGAGGGUGUUGAGUCCUGAUGAGGUGGACAGAGCUAUAAAGGAGGUGACUACCAGAUUGGAGAGCACUCAGACCCAGGCCUCACCCGCGCUCAAGAGGGCGAAGGUUGGGGAAGAGAGCGCGCGUGACAGAUGUUCAUGGUGUGGCAGGGGAGGACAUCAUAGGGGAGACUGCCCUGCUUUUCAGCAUGAUCUUGAUAGAGGGAUUGUGCAAUUUGAUGCACAGGGACGCCUUAUGGACAUGCACCACGCCCGCAUCCGACAGGGACGCCAUGAUAUGCUGAACCAGUAUGGCGGCCUAAGAAAUGUGGAUAUUGGGAUGGGGACCGUAGAGGAGUCACCCAUGGAGGUGUUUAUAUGGAUGGGGGCCCGCAGAGGAGUCACCCAUGUGUUUUGUGAGGCGGGGGUCCGGUGAUGAGUGGCCCGCGUGAUUUGAAUAAAGAUUGGUUGAUGAG